CUAGCAGUCUACCCUCAAAAAAGUAAAGAAAAAAAGAAAAAAAAAACCCCACCCAUCUAUUUAAAUGCACCGCUUUCCCUCUUCCACUCCUCAGGAAAUCCUCACACCUCUCUGGUUCCUCAAAGCACAGUUUUCCUCUCCAUUCUCCUCUGCCUCCUCCCAACUCUACUCAAAACCUCCCGUUUAGUUUUUUCCUCCCUCUCGCAAAAACAAAAAAACGGUAUCAAACAUGGCGGCAGCAGCAACCACCGUGACACCGAUUGCCCUGAACGGCCACCACCACACCAAUGGCUCCUUGGACAGCUUAUGCCUGCCGGCCACCGCUACCGCCGCCGCCAACCUUCCCAGCGACCCCUUGAACUGGGGCGCCGCCGCGGAGGCCAUGAAAGGCAGCCACCUAGACGAGGUCAAGCGCAUGGUCGGCGAGUACCGUCAGCCUUCCGUCAAACUCGGCGGCGAAACCCUCACCAUCGCUCAGGUCGCCGCUAUUGCCAGCGCCCGCGAUGUCACGGUGGAGCUCGCCGAGUCCGCCAGAGCCGGCGUCAAGGCCAGCAGCGACUGGGUCAUGGACAGCAUGAGCAAAGGAACCGACAGCUACGGUGUCACCACCGGAUUCGGCGCCACUUCUCACCGGAGAACCAAACAAGGCGGCGCCCUUCAGAAGGAACUCAUCAGGUUCUUGAACGCCGGCAUCUUCGGCAACGGCACCGAGAAAUCCCACACUCUGCCUCACCCGACCACAAGGGCGGCGAUGCUCGUCAGAAUCAACACUCUCCUCCAGGGCUACUCUGGGAUCCGAUUCGAGAUCCUGGAAGCCAUAACCAAGCUUCUCAACAGCAACAUAACCCCGUGCCUUCCCCUCCGCGGCACCAUCACCGCCUCCGGCGACUUGGUCCCCUUGUCGUACAUUGCGGGCCUCCUCACCGGCAGGCCCAACUCCAAGGCCACCGGCCCAGACGGCGAGACCAUGGACGCCGCCGAGGCCUUCCGCCGUGCCGGAAUCGACUCUGGCUUCUUCGAGUUGCAGCCUAAAGAAGGGCUCGCUCUGGUCAACGGCACAGCCGUUGGGUCCGGUCUGGCAUCCAUGGUUCUGUUCGAAGCCAACGUGCUCUCUGUUCUCUCUGAAAUCUUGUCCGCCGUUUUCGCCGAGGUCAUGAACGGGAAGCCUGAGUUCACCGACCAUUUGACUCACAAGUUGAAGCACCAUCCAGGCCAGAUUGAAGCCGCAGCAAUCAUGGAGCACAUCCUCGACGGAAGCGCGUACAUGAAGGCGGCCAAAAAGCUGCACGAGCAGGACCCGCUGCAGAAGCCGAAGCAGGACCGCUAUGCGCUGAGAACUUCACCGCAGUGGCUCGGCCCGCAGAUUGAAGUCAUCAGGUUUUCGACCAAAUCAAUUGAGAGGGAGAUCAACUCGGUGAACGACAACCCUUUGAUCGAUGUCUCGAGGGGGAAAGCUAUCCACGGUGGCAAUUUCCAGGGGACGCCAAUUGGAGUCUCCAUGGACAAUGUCCGCCUGGCGAUUGCUGCAAUUGGGAAGCUGCUGUUUGCACAGAUCAGUGAGCUGGUCAACGAUUUCUACAACAACGGGUUGCCAUCGAAUCUCACCGCCAGCAGGAACCCGAGUUUGGACUACGGCUUCAAAGGAGCGGAGAUUGCCAUGGCUUCCUACUGCUCCGAGCUCCAGUACCUUGCUAACCCUGUCACCAGCCAUGUGCAGAGCGCCGAGCAGCACAACCAGGACGUGAACUCGUUGGGGCUGAUCUCCUCGAGGAAGACUGCCGAAUCUGUUGACAUUUUGAAGCUGAUGACAUCCACUUACUUGGUGGCGCUCUGCCAGGCUGUUGACUUGAGGCAUCUGGAGGAGAAUUUGAAGAGUGCGGUGAAGAACACUGUGAGUCAAGUGGCCAAGAGGGUUUUGACUACCGGCUCCAACGGGGAGCUUCACCCGUCGAGGUUCUGCGAGAAGGAUUUGUUGAAGGUGGUUGAUCGGGAGUACGUGUUUGCCUACGCUGAUGAUCCUUGCAGCGGAACUUACCCGUUGAUGCAGAAGCUGAGGCAGGUUCUGGUGGAUCACGCGCUUGCCAAUGGCGAGACGGAAAAGAAUGCCAGCACCUCGGUUUUCCAAAAGAUUGGCGCUUUUGAGGAAGAGCUGAAGACCCUUUUGCCCAAAGAAGUGGAGGGUGCUAGGGCGGCGUAUGACAAUGGGACUGCUGCGAUUCCGAACAAGAUAAUGGAGUGCAGAUCUUACCCUCUGUACAAGUUUGUGAGGGAGGAGCUGGGGACGGAGCUGCUGACCGGAGAGAGGGUCCGGUCGCCUGGGGAGGAAUUCGAUAAGGUGUUCACUGCUCUGUGCGAGGGGAAGAUCAUUGAUCCGAUGAUGGCGUGCCUCGAGGAAUGGAACGGUGCCCCUCUUCCAAUUUGUUAGAGAAAUGGUCCAUGAAAGGGUUUUCUUUUAGUCAGUGGUUUGGGCAGUUUUAAGUUUCGCUUGGGAUUAUUUUCCUUCUUUGUUUUCUUGCUUCAUCCCCUUUUGUGGAAUUUAAAAGUAUUCUGCAUCCAUGUAGCGUCCAUUUGUGAUUGUGUAGUGUAACUUUAUGUGACAUAAAGGAGGUAAAUGACGAUUUCGAUUAAAUGUUGUUCUACAAUCGUCUUAAUCAUUUGCUCACUAAUUUGCAUCUAAAUACCAGCGAUGUUUAAAGGCAC